AAAAGGAACACGAUUAUGAAGAAUCACAAAAAAAAAUUAAAGACCUUAACAAAAAAAUUGAAGACCUUAACAAAAAAAUUGAAUCUCUCGAAAAAGAAGUUAGAAUAUUAGACAAGCAAAGAAUAGUAGGCGAAGAAAGAAAACAAGUAAUUAGAGAAUUGAAACAAGUUUAUAAAGAACUUAAAGAAACUUUUGACAAAAUAAAUCAAGAAAAAAUCGAAAAAGAGAUAAAAGAACAUCAUGAAAUAUUAGAAAAGGCAGACAAAUCUUUAAAUGAUAAUGAAGAAUGUUGA